AUGGCGUACAGAGCAGUAGUAGGCCAAAAAGUCGAUGAUAACCAGAUCAAAACGGUACAGACACUUCAGGGACAAAUAGCAGAGGCAGAUAGGGAGAAAAUACAGGAGCUAGUAAAGUCAAACCUGAUGCACACGACUGACACUACAAGGUUCAUAAAAGAACAAAUGAGGAUUUUAACGUUCGGUAAUCACGAGCAGGUUCUUCAAGCUUUAGAGAGAUUUAAAAACAAAGCAGCCAGUCGAGGAGUGUCACACCUGCCGGAAGCAGCGCUAGAUGUGAUAGCGGAAGCAGAAAUAUUAGCAGAACAAUUUAGACCUGACCUUAGAUUUCCGGGAGAAAGAAACACGACGAAGGAAGAAAUAGCAGAAAUAUCAAAGGUAGCAACGAUAGCGCUUGAUAGGAAAAUUAUCUAUUAUAUCGAAAUACCGCUGGUAACAAGGGAGAGUCUAGACCUUCUAAGGAUAUCACCGUUGCCGGUAGAACAGGAGGGAUUAAAUAUAACGAACGUCGUCGCUUAUCUCCAACCAACAUAUGAGUACGUUGCGGGUAGCACGAGCAAAAAAAGAUUUGCACCAGUAGCGUGGGAGACAGUGGAACAAUGCAAGAAGUUGAAAAAGGUAAGUGUAUGUACACAAACGGAGCCGACACAGGAAUUGAAGGAGGACCACCCUUGUGAAAUACGGCUGAUACUAGAAGAAACUGUGAAGAAUCCGGAAGAGUGCCCGAUAGUACUAGCAAAACUAAAGGGCACAUAUUGGACACGUCUUUACGCGAAGAAUCAACAUGCGUUCAGCACCACGGAAGAGGAAAAGAUCCACGUACAAUGCGAUCACACCAAGCACAAGACAUUUAAAGUAAUGAAGACAGGAGUAAUAGACCUAGCUAAAGAUUGCACAGCCCAAACGUCGGAGACGAGAUUGGACCCGAGUCAAGAGGAGGGCGAGAACCAGAUAAUUAAGUUUAAGAGCUCAAAUUUAAAUCUGAAAGAAAUAGCGCGGAAAAUAAAAGGGGUAAAAGUAGAUUAG